CCCCCCCCCAGCAUGAAUGGGAUGAGCAGGUCUAGCCACCAGUUUCUUUGGUGUGCUUUUUCUUUUUCAACCAAUGGCCAACUCAAAAGGAUCUUUUCCAGAUAUUGGAGAAGCUAAUGACGCAUAUGUCAACGGAAACUAUCAUAUUUAUGCAGUUUUCGCUGGUCUAAGCUCAUCUGUUGCUGCUGGAAUCAGCUACUGCCUUAUAAGGGCAGGAGCUAAAAAAACGGAUCAACCAGUGCUCACGGUUUUCUCAUUUGGUCUGUUUGCAAGCCCUGCUGCUGGAAUUUGUACCUUCGCCUUCGAAAACUUUGUGCUUCCCAGUUGCUAUUCUCUGCUACUUAUGACUGUACUUGGUGUGCUGGCUUUCUUCGCUGAGAUAACUCUAGCGAGAGGACUUCAGCUUGAGAAAACCAGCAGAGCUGUCAAUGUACUCUAUCUUGAGGCAGCUCUCUCACAGUUGUUACGAAUGGGUUAUUCAAGAAUUGCAUCGCUUGGUAGCGUAGUUGGGUGUUCACUGAUUUUGUUUUCAACUAGUUUCACGAUGUUGUAUUGCGGGCAUGAUUGAGUCUGCUGAACAAGCAAUGCACUUACGGACAGGUCUCAACUCCAAGGUGAUAUUCUUUGUUGUAUUGAUUCUUGAUUGAUUCAAUGCAUAAUGUGCAUCUGGAUGCAUUCAUUUGUGUAAACUCUUCCAACAGCAUCCAAGAAACUUCAAAAUUAGUGUCAAUGGUUUGUAUGAGAUGGGGAUGUGAUUUCUUUUUCGUUUGCUCAGCUUAGAUUUAUCAUUCAUAAAGCUGGCUGAGUGUUGGGUUUUUGUUAGAUGCCAAAAAUGCCCACUUCACCAAAUGUGGUGAACGUGGCUUGCAUUAUUCUAAUCAAUUCCCAACUGAAGCAACUCUAUUUACAUGCUUACAAACUGAACCAAUUGAACCUAACUUGUAAAAAAUAAUUACUCUCUUCAGUAAAUGCACCAUAUUUUUCCUUUAUUGCAAGGUCCUAGUGACAUGGUAAAUACAUUUUCUAAGUAUAAAAUAUUAUAGGCAAUCCUUUCAUCUGGUGUGAAGAUAUGGCGGCCUGUAGGAGAUGCAAGCAUGAUUUGUCCUUCUUCAUCAUCCGAAGAGGAUUCUCAAGACUACGAAGUUGAAUGGAACAUCAAUGGAACGUGCAAGAAACCAACUACUACUUCACCAAAUCAUUAACAAUUAAAUGUAGAACUAAAAUAAAAAAAAUUACCAACGUUUAAAAUUUUCAUAAAUCAAAGAGUAACAUUUGGAAUAUUAAUAAUAGAGAAAGAUGGGGAGAAGCCUCAGAUAGUCGAUCGGACAUCACAGUAAAUUUCAGACGGUAAUUCCAGAAUGAGUAUAAAUUAAUCCUCAUCGGCUUUCUCCAAUCAAAUGUUGCAAAACUGGUAAAUAAAUAUCUAAUCACGAAAUGUUAUCGCACGAAACGGCUCUACAGAGGAAUAGAAUAUAUCCAUCAGUAGUUUCCUAUAUAAUGCGAAAGCCCUUUGAUUUUGGUUCGUUCGUAGCAUCGCCGGUCAAUGCUGGGAGAAGCUACCGGCGACGUGGCACGAACCCUUCUAAUUCACAUAAAAUAGAAUACAUCCAUCAGUUGUUUUUUAUUCCAUACCAAUAAUUUAAAAAUAACUUAAAUCAAAUAUUAUAAAGCGCAACAAAAACUUUAUUUUUUAAACAAAGGAUGUCAAAGUUAUCAAGAAAUAAGAAAAAAAUAUAACCAAUUAUGGGACAUAAAAAAAAAGGUUACAAAUCAAUAAAAUUUCAUAAAAGUCCAGUAAUAAAAUACAGUAUGAAUAUAGGAAAUUAGAGAAGGAUGGAGAGAAGCCUCAGAUAGUCGAUCUAUCUUCACAGUAAAUUUCAGACGGUAAUUCCAGAAAUAGUAUAACGAAUCCUCAUAGGCCUUCUCCGAUCAAAUCAUACAAAAAUUUGUAAAUAAAUAUCAAAUCAAGAGAUGUUAUCGCACAGACGGCUCUACAGAGGAAUAGAAUAUAUCCAUCCAUAGCUUCCUAUAUAAUGCGAAAACACUUUGGUUUCGGUUCGUUCGUAGCAUCGCCGGUCAAUGCUCGUAAAAGCUACCGGCGACGUGGCACGAACCCUUCUAAUUCACAUCAGAGGCGAAACCGGUACAAAAAGAGGCAUAGAUUAAAAAUAAAAACCUCAGAGACCCUUCCCAAAUCACGCACAGCGGCAGUGGAGGGCGGCGAAUAGGACAUACCGAAAAGAGUACCAAACAAUUUAAGGCGGGGGAGGGGAUACGCCGCCGGGAACCACCGCCGCGGUUUGGAGUGUCAUACGGCACUUCCUAUCUAUUUUUUGGGAAUUCUUCCUCAUCGGUGUAAUCAAAACAAGCACAAAAUCGAAACCCAAAACCCCAAUGAGAAGAUCUGGUUC